CGCAGUGGUGGGGCUAAGAAAUGCUAUACUUAUAUUCGUGAACGCGCGCGCAUCGGCCACACGUUACUCGCUUCCCGCGCGAAACACAUCACAAAAAAAAAACAAAAAUAUGUGUAAUAUGUGCACUCGUGACGUCGCCGCGAACAGUGCGCCGCCGCCGCCGCCGCCGAAGAAGAGCAACAGUUUGGAACGCAUGAAGAGGAAGCAUGGAAUAGUCACAGACCCUGAGAACGAGGAGAAGCAGAAGGAGGUGGCCUACCAGCCGGACCUGCUGGCGGUGUCCACGCAGUACUCCAAACUGGCUUACGACAUCUUCAAAACUACGCUGGUCCGUGUGCAAGAAACUAAGGCUUAUGUUGUCCUAACGCGAACAUCACAACCAUUCCACGUGGCGCUAGCGGUGCUGGUGGUGCUGGCCUGGCUGGCGCGCCCCGCGGGCACUGGUAAUCUGCGCGGCUGGCGCGCGCUCUACGUCGGCGCCGUGGCCACGCACCUCGGCUCUCAAGUGUGGAUGACGCUGGUCUCCGGCAUCGUGCUAUACUUCAAUCUCCCCCGCCACGAGUUCGGGCGCGUGCAGACGGUGCUGUUCCCCGUGUACUACGCCUUCAACGCCUGCGUCAGCCUGGUCGCGCUGUUCGCGUACCUGCGGACGCAGACCAUCACGCGGUUCGAGCACGCUAGCUGGAUACAGUUUGCGCUGCUAACAGCCGUGUUCUUGAUAGAGGCGUACGUGCGUCUUCGCCUGGUCAGCCCCAUGCUGCGAGCCAAACACAUCAAGACUCAGAUGGAGGAGGCUGCAGGAGGCGGACAAGAGGUCGGUCGCCUGAUCCUGGGCGAGCUGGCUCACUGUCCCCGCUACCUCCGCGUACUCAAGGCCUUCCGCGCCUACCACUCCACAAUCGCCAUCGGCACCAUGCUGACGCUCGGCUGCUCGCUAUACUCCACCAUGGUGAUCGUGGACGCCAUGUGCCGCUAGUCCUGGCCUCUGUGAUGUCACAGUCACAGUGACCCCACGGACCAACGCAGUCUAGAUAACCUGCUAGAUUUAAGGAGCAACACUAUGUCGAAAGACGCGCUGUCUUGAAAAGCUGACAAGGUGUAUGGAAGAUCUGGUCACGAAACCAAUGGUAACAAUUUAUAGCUAAGUAGUUACCUAUGUAAAAAGUUGUUGCAUAAUCUUAUCUAGCAGGUUCAAUAUAGUCAGAUUGUAGCAAAAAUAUAAUUCAAGUAGAUUUGACCGGAUUUUCUAAAGUAAAAUUUAUUCAAAUCUACCUCAAAAACCACAAAGUUAUAAUAUAAAGCUACACGUUCAGCGUUUUGAUCAUAAUAAGGAGUAAAUGUAGUUUUUACAAAAAUAUCAGUAUUCCUAUUAAUAUGUUUAAUUAUCUUAAAAAAAGCUGUAUAAUGAAAUGCUUAAAGUCGGUUAAAAAUAAAUUCAUGUUACUGCCAAGCGAUGCUUGUGCUUUUGCCAAUUAUUAUUUCGGUACCUAGGUUUUAGUAGGUAUUUCAUUUACAAUUGUAUUAUUUAAGAUUAAUUUGUAGUAAAAUAAUGCAAAGUAGGAAGCGGCUCGGGCUGUGAAAUCUUUAUUUUGUGUAGAUAGGAAAUUAACGAAUUUGUUUGAUGUAGAAGAUACUCUAAAGCGCUGGUCGCUCGUAGUUUCAAUAAAAGUAUGAAAGUUUAGGUCCAAAUUGUACGAGUAUAGGCUUAAGGCUCAUACACUGUGGUUGUGAAUUUGCACGUCCACAUUUGUGUAGCACGCUUUUAAAAUAAAGUUUUUGCGUGCUACAUAAAUGUAGUCAUAAAUAGAGAUUUAGGUACUGUUCUGAUCUUGCCAAGGUCUAAAGGACCUAUUUUUUUUUAAUGAAUUUGCAGCCAGAGCCAUCGAAGCUGCUUGAUGUGGAAACUCUAGUUGUUCGCUCUCUAAUUUCCUGCAGAGUAGUAGGUACUGCCAUGAAUAGUUGUAAGUGUAGUGAACGUAGUGUAAAUUGAGUCAGACCAAGACAAGUCUGCAACGAUUUUGAUAGCACACGCAGUGCAAGUGUUAUUUUAAACGUCAAACUGCUAUGAAGUAUUAACAACACUUGCACUGCGUGUGCUAUUAAAAUCGUUGCCGACUUAUCUUGGUCUAACUAGUGUGUCGGCGAAACUGUGGAGUUGCCAGUGUUGCCACGCUCCUAGUGCGCAGGAAGUUAGGGCUGCAACUACGCGCGAUGGCGCCAAAAGCAGUCGCUAUUUCGACGUAUUUUUGCACUGUCUCAAUAAAGCUGUUCAUGACUUUCAUGGAUUUACGAGGUGUAUAUAAGCGCGAUGUGAUACAGGGGCAAGGUACGCAAUCUCGGUUGACUGCGCGUGUUUGGCGCUUUACGCGAUAUUUUGUUUUGUAUGCGACAGAAAGGUCUAGUCGUGCGAGCGUCACAAGUGACACACACGUCGAUUGUGACGCAUUGAGCAUUUGUAUGAAAGUAAUUAAAAGACCUUCCCGUAGCUAUCAAGCAGCUUAAUGAAUUAACAGGGGGUUUAUUGAAUUACAAACUUAUUUUUAAAAAUAGAGUCACCUUUUACUUUAAGACUGCAUGACUCUACAUUUACAAAUAAGCAUUAAUUUUAUUACUGUUGUAAUUUAUAGUUAGUUUAAGGUAACUAAUGCUAAGGCCUUUACAUGUAAUUACAUUUUGGAAGGCCAGAGCAAUAAACUUUAAUUGCUAACGAUAGGACGUCGUAAAAGCGGUGAUUUUAUACCUAUAAAUCACAGGUAUACAUACUAGAGAAAUGCAUUAUGAAGUAUGUAGUAUACGCAGUUUCAAUCGUUAGUAUGUUAUUAUUAACAAUGAUCUGAAUGUUAGUGUGUAAGUUUUGUUAUUUAUUUGGGAGACCGAAAAAACUAUUCAAAUACAAAACUAUAGAGAA